UUUACAUUGAAGGAGACGGAGAAAGAUGGCGGCGGCCGCUGCAGCAGCAGCUGAGGACGAGGAAGUAGCCAAGAGGAGGAAGGCUCACGGAAUGCUGAAGCUUUACUAUGGGAUAACAGAGGAGGGCAAAGGUGGCGAGAGGCUGCUCGAGCCUACCGAUAUCGAUGGCGUACACUUCGACCCGGAGCUCUACCUCACCCAGGUGACGUCAUGAGGACUAGUGAUGUCAUUUGUAUACAAACACGGCGAACGUCAUUACAGCGCCCUGUAGAGAGAGUGCUAGGGCAGGCAUAGGCAACCUUCUACAGAUGUUUUGGACUACACCUCCCAUGAUGCUUUGCCAGCAUUAUUGAUGUCAGAGCAUUAUGGGGGAUGUAGUCCACAACAUCUGGAGUGCCAAAGGUUGCCUAGCCCUGUUCUAGGUCAUAUGUUGUAGCCAACCCUGCGUGUAAGAUGUCAGAACUCUCCAAUGGUUACUUGGUGGCUGCACAUGAAGCCAGGGAUCUUUCAAAAUGACACAGCCACUUACUGGCCCUCUUUACUGACAUGGGGAUAUCUGUAAGUCCUAGUCCAGGCAUAGGCAACCUUCGGCACUCCAGAUGUUUUGGACUACACCUCCCAUGAUGCUUUGCCAGGAUUAUGGGUGUAAGAGCAUUAUGGGGGAUGUAGUCCACAACAUCUGGAGUGCCGAAGGUUGCCUUUCCCUUCGGUCUGUAACUAAGAAAUCCUAAACACCAUACAUCUGGUUACUUGGUACUCCAACUCUUGUGGACUACGUUUCCUCAGAGUCUGCAGGGCCACACAUUAGCAGGUUUCUUCUCAAAUCAAUGUGUUCAAAUAGGAGCCAGGAACCUUUCAGGUUGUGAGAGUUUAAGACAGGAAAGGGUUAAUAUCUCAUUUAAACUCCUUAUUUUUAUCAAGCGCAAGGUGUGUGUCCACCCUAAGGUUGGCCGAUUCUGCCUACUGUGCUCCUUAUUUAGGUAUCCUUUGCAUCAAGUUUAGUUGCUCACAAUCAGGCGAAUCAUGAAAACUUGACUGUAUAUAUAUAUAUAUAUAUAUAUAUAUAUAUAUAUCUCUCUCUCUCUCUCUCUCUCUCUAUAUAUAUAUAUAUAUAUAUAUAUAUAUAUAUAUAUAUAUAUAUUGCUGAGCAAAAUGGAGGCUUUAUUUCUUAACUUGGUGUUUUUGUUAAGGAACAUUUAUUGGAGAAUUUUAAAAGAAGUAAUUACGUAACAGUUUGCUUUGUGAAUAAAAAUAAAUGUGCUUUAAGAAAAAGUAUUGCUGCUCAUGCAUAGCAGUUCCCCAAGUCUUCCCUAUAGAGAACCAGUGGAAUUGAUAAAUAAGUGAUUUAAUUUGUUUUAUUUUAGGCUGGAGGGUGCAAACCUUAUUUUACCAGAUGUUGUGGAAUACAUGUUCCAGGAUGCUCACACAAGUAUCUUAGCAAAUAAAGUCUACAAGUUUUUGAGUACUAUGCUUACAAAUCCGUACAGUGUCUAAAAAUAAGAUAAUCGGGCAAUAUCCCCCUACAAUUAACACUGCUCAGUACAAUGUUGGCAAUGUUUGCAGUAAUCUUGUACUGUACAUUAUUCCUCUUAUAUUUUGUCAAGAAUAUUUAAUUAUCAUGCCAUAAUUUUGAACUGGCUAGUUGGACUGCUUUAUGAUUUUUCUGGUUUUCUCUGAAUUUCCAGACAUGAGAUCUGAUGCUAGCCAAAACUGGAAUAUGCGCAGAAAUACCAGGCAUCCUGUCACAUGUACACAAUUUCUUGCAGUCAGGGCUGCUAUCCGAAAUUUUGGGGCCCCUUACACAGCUCAAAGCCUGGUGCCUACCUCGAUUCUGCCCACGGGGCUGGCACAGAGUCCGCCUACAGACAGGGCCCAACACUGAUUUCACCAUUUUGUAUACACUUACAGCUGCAGCAGGGAAUGUGAUGUAUGUGUAUUGGGAACCCAGUGUGGUAUGGGGAUGUGGUGUGUUAGUUUUGUUUAUGCAGUUUGUGUAGUGGGCUGAGAUGGGGUUGAGUGAGAGAAACGGUUUAUCCAUUUUUAAUUAUUUAAUAUAAUUAUCUGCUAUUAUCUGUAAGUAGGGGGAUACUGCAUUCCAUAGUGGUCUGGUAAAAUUUCCUGCCGGGUGCCAAUGCUCUUAUCGUGAGUCUUAGCGGAGUGGAGGAGGAGACAGACAGCCUACCGAUCUCUCUUCUCACUAGGCAAGUGUCCAGUGGUCCACUCCUCUCUCUCUCAUGAGCCAUGGCAACGCUCUGACGCUGCUAUCUUUCAUCUCUUUCCCCAUGACUGUGUGUGUGUGUGUGUGUAAACCUCUUCCACCUGAAGUAAGUGGAUAAUUAACACAUUGCUAAACACGAAUACACACAUCAAUCAAGCCAGAAGACUUGCUUUUCCUACAGAAAUCUCACUUUAACAGUGCUAGUGGUUCACUGACUUCCUGAGUUGUGUUUCAAAGCUGUUGUAUACAGCAGACACAUACUCCAAGGAAUCCAUGUAUAAAGUGGAAAUGAGACAAAAAUGUGGUUCUUUGUUGAGCUCAUUUGCAUACACCUACCCAGAAUCCCUUGCAGUAGUGAGAGCACUGUUAAAGUUAGAUUUCUGUGGGAAAAGCAAGUCUUAUGGCUUGGCUGGUGUGUGUAUUGUGUUUAACAAUGUAUUCAAUAUAUUUGUAUAUAUAUAGUAUCUCACAAAAGUGUGUACACCCCUCACAUUUUUGUUAAUUUUUAUUAUAUCGUUUCAUGUAACAACACUAAAGAAAUGACACUGCUACAAUGUAAAGUACUAAGUGUACAGCCUGUAUAACAGUGUAAAUGGACUGUCCCCCCAAAAUAACUCAGCACACCGCCAUUAAUGUCUAAAUUGUUGGCAACAAAAGUGAGUACCCCCCUAAGCGGAAAUGUCCAAAUUGGGCCCAAUUAGCCAUUUUUUCCUUGCCGGUGUCAUGUCACUUGUUAGUGUUACAAGGUCUCGGGUGGGAAUGGGGAGCAGGUGUGUUAAAUUUGGUGUUAUCGCUCUAAUACUCUCUCAUACUGGUCAUUGGAAGUUCAACAUUGCACCUCAUGGUAAAGAAUUCUCUGAAGAGCUGAAAAGAAGAAUUGUUGCUCUACAUAAAGAUGGCCUAGGCUAUUAGAAGAUUGCCAAGACCCUGAAACUGAGCUGCAGCACGAUGGGCAAAACCAUACAGUGGUUUCAAAGGACAGGUUCCACUCAGAACAGACCUCGCCAUGGUCGACCAAAGAAGUUGAGUGCACAUGUUCAUCGUCAUAUCCAGAGGUUGUCUUUGGGAAAUAGACGUAUGAGUGCUGCCAGCAUUGCUGCAGAGGUUGAAGGGGUGGGGGAGGUCAACCUGUCAGUGCUCAGACCAUACACCAUACACUGCAUCAAAUUGGUCUGCCUGGCUGUCGUCCCAGGAAGCCUCUUUUAAAGAUGAUGCACAAGAAAGUCCGCAAACAGUUUGCUGAAGUCAAGCAGACUAAGGACGUGGACUACUGGAACUAUGUCCUUUGGUCCAAUCAGACCAAGAUGAACUUAUUUGGCGGCAACUGGUGAGGAGUACAAAGACAAGUACAAAGACAAGUGUGUCUUGCCUACAGUCAAGCAUGGUGGUGGGAGUAUCAUGGUGCUGCAGGCACUGGGGAGCUACAGUUCAUUGAGGGAACCAUGAUCCCCUCCCUUCGGAGACUGGACCACAGGAAAGUAUUCCAACGUAACGACCCCAAAUACACCUCCAUGAUGACAACUGCCUUCCUAAAGAAGCUGAAGGUAAAGGUGAUGGACUGGCCAAGCAUGUCUCCAGACCUAAACCCUAUUGAGCAUCUGUGGGACAUCCUCAAGUUGGGGGAGCGCAAGGUCUCUAACAUUCACCAGCUCUGUGAUGUCGCCAUGGAGGAGUGGAAGAGAACUCCAGUGGCAACCUGUGAAGCUUUGGUGAACUCCAUGCCCAUGGGGGUUAAGGCAGUGCUGGAAAAUAAUGGUGGCCACACAAAAUAUUGACACUUUGUGCCCAUUUGGACAUUUCCACUUAGGGGUGUACUCACUUCUGUUGCCAACAGUUUAGACAUUUAUGGCUGUGUGUGGAGUUAUUUUGAGGGGACAGCAAAUUUACACUGUUAUACAGGCAGUGCACUUACUACUUUACAUUGUCGCAGAGUGUCAUUUCUUCAGUGUCACAUAAAAAGAUAUAAUAAAAUAUUUACAAAAAUGUGAGUGUACUCACUUUUAUGUACUGUCUUUUUUUGCUCCAGAUGAAGGUGCACACGCUAGUGCACCGAAAUGCGUGUCGGGCGAUAUGUUCUGAGUGGGCACCUAUGCACUUGGAAUGUCUAUUUAAUAUAGACAUGCAGCAUUUUCACUAAUUUCAUUAUUUUCUCACUUUUUUGAAUUUGACAAUUUUUAUUCGUUUUUCGUUGGAGGCAUUACAUAGAAUGUCUCGGGGUACAGAAUAGAAAGGGAGUAAGAGGGUGCAAAUAAUAAGUACAAUCACAGUAUAAUGCAAUUAGGAUAGGAUACAAAAGAGAAGGAGGGAAGGGGGAAAUGUGUUAGUUAAACCUUGUUGGGGUAGCGUUCCAUGUGCACACUGCGUUAGGGCUAGUCUCGUACUGUCAAAGAGUGCUAUUGAACAAGAAGUGCAUUAGGGGUGUUUCAUGAUGGGUGGCUGGUUUCUUGUGAUGCGCUCAGUUGCGCGUGUGUAGGUUGCAGGUGCCUAUCUAAUGGCCACUACCAAGGUCGUUUGUGGUUCUAGGAGGAAGGGCUACUUGGGUCUGCGAGGGGGGGGGGAAGGGGGAGAUGGUCCUCAGAGAUAGGCUUCGCUGAGUAGGGGUCUUGGGCUUGGGUGUGUCUGACCAGUGGAGGUUCGUGUGGCGGCUUACGUCUCUGGUCUAGGGAUGUGGGUGUUAGUCUCGUGUCCUUAUUAUUUGUGGGUAGACCUGCGUGUCUCCCAGAUCUCCCAAGCCAGGGACCAGUGCGACGUCUUUUCAUGCGUGUCCCUUGCCAUAGUUUCGUAUGUUUUGUUUGUGUCUACUGCUUGGACGCAUUGUGCAAUGGUGGGUGGAGAGGCUUGUUUCCACUUCCUGCUGAUGGUCGUUAGAGCGGCUAUAAUGAUGUGGUAGGCUAGGUAUCGAUGGUGUAGUGUCAGUUUGUGCGGCAAUUGGAGGAGUAGAAAAGUCUCAGGUUGGUGUGGUAAUUUUGUGUCGAUGCAGUGUGUUGUCAACUCUGCCACCUGUCACCAGAAUUGUUGGAGCUCUGGACAUUGCCACCAGAUAUGUAGCAUAGUGCCUUUGUCGUUGCCACAUCUCCAGCAGGUGUCGGACGUGUUGGGAAAAUAACGCUUUAGGCGUGUCGGAACUAAAUACCAUCUGUAUAAUACCUUCCGUGCUAGUUCUAGGUGGGUUGCGCAAAGGGUAAUUUUUUGGUGCGUCCGAAAGAUGCGUCGCCAUUGGGCUUCUGAAAGUCGCCGUCCAAAAUCUCGUUCCCAUGCCAUUAUGUGGGAGGGGUGCUUUUUCUGAUGCUGGGCGUUUUCAGAAAGGUAGAUCGUAGAUAUAAGUUUGGUAGGCGGUUUUGGCGAUAGGUAAAGUCUUUCUACGUUCCGCCAGUCUGCGUUCAGUGUGAUGGUAGGUGGCUGUUUCAUGUUUUUGUCGAACCAUGACUUCAGUUGCAUGUAGGAGUAUUUUGCUGUCGAGGGUAGGGUGAAUUCCGAUACCAACUCUUGAUAUGUCUUAAGGUGCGUGUCACAUAGUAGUUGUGACAUCAAUUUGAUCCCAUGUCUAUGCCAGAGAGAGUGAUUAAAAUUCGGUAUGAGGUGUUGCAGGGCGUUUAUGCUGAGAGCGGGCGAGAUUUGGUCGGGAUUAGUCAUCCGUUUUUUGUAGACAUUCCAUAUGGAGAGAGUGAGCUUAGUUGUGGGCAGCAGUUCGUUCAGUUUUGGUAGGCUGUUUUUCGGUAGCCAGGCCAGAGUCGAGAUGUGUAUGCCGUUCGCAUAGUCUUUUUUUCUAUUGUGGCCCAGGUUUUCGGUUCUCUUUGCGGGGAAGUCGCUAGUAUGGGUGCUAUUGUUGCUGCUCUGUAGUAUCCCAUUAUGUUUGGCAUUCCCAUGCCUCCCUGUGUUAUUGUGCCGUAUAGGGUAGAUUUCGCCACCCGUGGUUUUUUGUCUUCCCAUACGUAAGUGAUGAGUAGGUUUUGUAAGUCUCGAAUGUAGGUGCUGGAGAGACGGAUCGGGAGGGUCCUAAAAAGGUAGAGUAUUUUCGGUAGAGCUAUCAUCUUCACCGAGGCUAUUCUUCCGGCCCAGGAGAUAAACUUCCCUUUCCAUCCUUGUAGGAGAGUUCGAAGGUCUGUGAGCAGCUUGAGGUAAUUAGAUUUAUACAAUGAUGUUGGCGUAGGGGGGAAGUUGACCCCUAGGAAUUUAAUAUGGUCUUGCCUCCAGUCAUAUGUGAAGUUGGUUUUGAGUUGGUCCAGCUCCUGUUUGGGGAUGUUGAUUCCCAAGGCUAAGGUUUUUGUUAUGUUCAGCUUAUAAUAAGAGUUCUGGCUGUAUUGGGCGAGGAGGGCAUGAAAAUUUGGAAGGGAGGUGUGUGGUUGUUCUAAUGUCAAGAGGAUGUCGUCUGCGAAUAGAGACAAUUUGUAUUCGCGGCCUUUAACCUUAACUCCGUGGAUAUUUGGGUCGUCCCUAAUCAUUUGUGUAAAGGGUUCUAAUGCUAAAAUGUAUAGGAGGGGGGAUAGUGGGCAGCCCUGUCUAGAUCCGUUGGAUAUUGAGAACGGUUUGGAGAUGAAUCCCCCAUUGACUACUCUGGCGGUAGGCGCAGAGUAGAGGGCUGUAAUGAGGGAGAUGAAUGCGGGGGGGAAGUUAAACUUGCGGAGGACUGCGAGGAGAAAGGGCCAAUGUAGCCGAUCGAAAGCUUUCUCCGCGUCCAGAGAGAGAAGCACGCUUGGGGCCCUCCCCCCUCGCAGCCCGUGGAGAAUGUUGAGAACUUUGCGAGUGCCGUCGGCCCCUUGUCUGCCACCUACAAACCCUACCUGGUCCUCUUUGAUCAGUGAUGGGAUGAUUGGUGCUAACCUGUUUGAUAGUAUCUUGGCUAUGAGCUUUACAUCAGUGUUUAAGAGGGAGAUAGGGCGCAGAUUUUGACACCUGUCUGGGGGUUUCCCGGGUUUAGGGAGUGUGGCGACAUGAGCCAUUAGCAUUUCUGGGGGCAUGGUGCCGGUGUUGAGUAUGUGGGUGUAUAGUCUCCGGAGGUAUGGGCUGAGUAUUUGUGCGAAUCGUUUAUAAUAUGCGUUAGAUAGGCCAUCUGGGCCAGGGGACUUCCCUGUCGGGAGUCCUUGGAUAGUGUCUAGAAUCUCUUGUGUGGAAAUGGGGUGCUGUAUGAGUUGGGCUUGGGCCUCUGAGAGGGUGGGCAGGGUGGUUUGUUGAAGGUAUUUGGCAAUACCCUGGGCUGUGGGCUGGUGUGUGGUUGGGUCGUUUUUCAAAUUAUAGAGUGUAUGGUAAUAGUCGGCCAUCUCGUCAUUGAUUUCUUGUGGAUUGUGAAUUUUCACCCCAGUUUUCGUAACUAAAUAAGGGAUUUUGGAGUUCGCUUGUUUGUGUUUCAGUAGUGUUGCCAGAUGUUUGCCUGCCUUGUUGCCUUGAGUAUAUGAUUUAAUUCUCAGCUUUGUUAACAUGUAGUUUGUUUUGUGAAGGGCAAUGGCAUUGAUUUGGGCGGUGAGGUCUGUAAUAGAAUUGGCUCGUGUUUCAGUCGGGUUGAGAAGGUGGGCAUUUGUCGUGUCCCGGAGUUGUCUCAAGAGGCUAAUGUAUUCUCCUUCCCUUUUUUUGUGUAGGUAGGAAGCUCUGCUUAUCAGGGGCCCCCGUAUGGCCGAUUUGUGAGCCUGCCAGAGCGUCGUUACAGAGACUUCAGUCGUGUCGUUUAAGUCAAAGUAUUCGUGUAGGUGAUCGGUUAGCUGUCGUACAAAGGUUGCGUCUUUUAAAAGGGAGUCAUUCAGACGCCACGGUGGUUUGCCUCUGUGUUGGUACGUGUCUCGGAGGGAUAUUGUGACAGGUGCAUGGUCUGACCACACUAUGUUCCCUAUGGAGCAUUCCGUAGUUUGUUGUAGGAGGGGUCCAGUCAAGAGGACGUGGUCGAUCCUGGAGUAUGUUUUGUGGACUUGUGAAUAGAAUGUAUAUUCCCUGUCUAGUGGGUGUAAUGUCCUCCAAGCGUCAUAGAGGCCGUGGUGUUGUAGUAGUUUCGUGAGAGCUUUGUUGGUGCGUGUGAGUGAGGCAUGUCUGGCAGAUGUCAAUGGGACAGUGGAAUCCAUGCGUGAGUCUAUAGUGUGGUUGAGGUCUCCACACAUUAGAACUUGGGCGUUGGUGUCAGCUGGCAGUUUAUGGAGAACCAUCUGUAAGAAGUUGUGUUGGUUGGCGUUCGGGCCGUAGAGACCCACCAGCAGAAGGGGUUGGUUGUUUAGUAGGCAGUGUAGUAUGACAAACCUACCAUUUCUGUCUAGUUUGACUUGCAGGGGUUCUACGGUUAGGGAGCUGUGGAAGAGAAUGGAAACACCUCGGGAUUUGGAAGAGUGGGUGGCGUGGAACUGGUGGGGGUAGUCCCGUAUGGCGAAUGAGGGGGUUCGGUUAUGGACAAAGUGUGUUUCUUGGAUGCAGACUAUGUCUGCUUUGUUGCGUUUUAGGUCGUCCAGUAGCACGCGUCUUUUGUGGGGUGUGUUUAGCCCCUUAACAUUGUGCAAAUAGAUUUUCAUGGUGGCAACAGGAGCCUAUGGGCAGUAGCCCUUAGCGGUUUGGUCGGUCAGGGGAUCAGGGGGAGCUAAUGCCUAAGGUAUCUCUGAGCAGAUGGGUUAGGGGGGUCGCAGUUAGAGGGGGUAUGGGGUCUCGACCUAAGGAGGUCCGGUGCGUCUGUCACACCUUGGGGGUUGGAAGUCUAGACUACCAGUCGGUGGCUGUCUGGGCUCCAUUUUAGAGCAGAUAGAUAGGCAGAGAUUGUUAGUACAAAGUAAACACAUAACUUUACAGUAGAACAUUGCAACUUCGUAACCAUGAGGGGUUUGCUACCGUGAUCAUAGACCUUGUUUGUUACCAUAGUAAGCGCAGUGCUGUAGCGGGUGUAUACUAGUGUACGUUAUGCCGGCCGUGUGGGUUUGUAGCUAGGUUAUGAUUGGGUAAUGGCAGCGCUGACUCGCCAAUUUGAGGGCUGACUUUUACACCUCAUUUCUGAUAGGCAUUGCCCGUCGGUGGCUACCGUUUUAAUUGCCUAUGGGGUGUAUGUGCGUGUCUCCCCACAAUCCAUGGGCCGGCGUGGGUCAUUCAGUUUUAGUCUAGUGGGGGUUGCGGCCAUACUUGUCAGUUAGUGCCCAUUAUGUUGGGGCGUUGAUUGAUCUGCUGGGGUACCCAGCAUAUGUUGGGGCCAGUUGCCCGAUCACUAGUGGUGGCCACUUCUGUGAUAGUAAAGCGAGGUAUGUUCUAUGUUGUGAGGGGGUCUUAGCCCCCUCCUGUGUACCUAUGUGUUAAGCGCCCUAGGCGUGCGCCGGCAUAUCAUUAUGUGGUCAACAUUUCCCAAUCAAGGGACCCUGGAGACCCGCCCAGCAGGAGGCCUACAGUCCCAUUCUGGUCUAUUACUAGGGUUAUGGUAGCCAUUGAUAAGUAAACAUAAAACUAUGUACAUGGUAUGAGUAACUAAAAAGGUUAGAACUAUGCAUUGUACUUGCGGCUUCUCAAGGGCAGCAGUUCGUUAAGCGUAUACGUUAGUCCUCUUGUGGUUUGCGCCCCUGUUUAGGGGGACGGCGAGUCAUCCCAGGCUCAGGGUUUGUUGGGCCCCAGGUUUCCAAUUUUUUCAUGCCCUCGUCUGGGCUAGUUAUGGUGGUGGUGUCUCCGUUUCGAGUGACAAUUAUUUUGGUGGGAAAGCCCCAUCGGUAUCUAAUUCCUCGGUUUCUCAGCUCCGUGGUGACAUUCUGGUAUUCCCUGCGUCUCCUGAGGGUGGCCGCGGAGAGGUCCGCCAUCAUGCGCACCGUUGGGAAGUCGUCAUGCGGGUUGGGUCUGUUGCGAUGUCGUUUAAGUAUGAGUUCUUUAAUGUGGUAAAAAUGAACUCUGAUGAGAACGUCGCGGGACAUGGAGUCUGGUAAGUGUCGGGGUUUGGGGAUUCUGUGUGCUCUGUCCACCAAAAGUAUAUCUGCCGGGAUGUCCGGCGCGUAUGCGUGCAAGAGGCCUCUUACAUAGAGUGGCAGAUCGUCCUGGGAGACAGAUUCCGGGACCCCGCGUAGCCGCAGAUUGUUCCGCCUCGCCCUGUCCUCGUAGUCCGCCAUUUGCGCCUCCAUUUUCUCCAUUCGGUGUUGCAGCGUUAGAACUUGGUCCGCCAUUUCGGUCUGUGUGGAGGCCAGGUCUUUGCAGCUUUGUUCCACCCUGGUAGUUCUUCCUGACAGGUCUCUCAUUUCUUGUUUUAUUUGGUCUGCUGUUGCUUUCCAGGUAUUAAUCAGGGUGUUAGACAUGGUGUCCAUGGCCUUUUCGAAGUAGCUUCUCGUGAGGCAGUCCUGCAGACGAGGUCCCUCUGCGGCUUGGUAGGCCGCCUCCGCAUCUGUGUCCUCGCCGCCAUCUUGGAGCGCGGGCCGCACAGAUUCAGAGUGCGUUGUUUUUUGCCCGAAAAAAGCCAGUUUAUCAGUUUUUGCCAUGGAUUUCUUCGCUUUGGGUUGUGUCAUGAUGUUCAGUGAUGUUAGGUGGGUUCUCUGCUUACAAUUGAUCGUUAUUUAUGGAGCCCAUGUGCCGGAGCAAAUCUUUACACGGCCAUCUUGCUCGGCGGUCAGCCACGCCCCCCUGAUUUUCUCACUUUUUAUUCUGUCGCUACUAUCUUCCAGUUUACCAGGGAGAGAGUCUUUUUAGCUUACUGUCCUUCAAACUUUUUAAUUAACCUUUGUUAAGACUGUAUAUUACUCCUUCGAUUAUGUGUCUAUUGGUCUUGGACACCCCCACCAAUAAGGUAUUUACUCUCACCCUGGUAUAUUUACGUUAAUCUAGAUUAACGUAAAUAUACCAGGGCUAAAACAUCCUGGGCUAAAACAAGCAGUCUGAUAAAGCUACCAUUAGUUUAAACAAUUUACUGGAUGACCCUAUACUCCAAUUAUGAGUUAGUGGAGAAGCCUUAUAAGGCUUGUCAUUGUCUUACUUUGUUUCUAGUUUUGAGACACGUGUGUGUGUCUUGGUGCCAACUCCCACUACUCUUAACCCUGCAAUUGUAAUUAAUGCAGUUUUUUAUAAACUGCAAUAAUUACCUUGCAGAGUUAACUCCACCUCUAGUGGCUGUCUACUAGACAGCCACUAGAGGGCACUUCCUGGAUUAUAGCACAGAAAACCUGUGUUAGAGCGUCGCUGGACAUCCUCACGCUGUGUGAGGACCUCCAUCGUCGCUCAAUUCCCCAUAGAAAAGCAUUAGGUUUCCUCAGCCGGCGGGCGGGAUCAGUCUCGCCCACCGGCUGACUUAAUCACUUUGAGGAGCGGCGGCGAGCAGAAACCACCGCUGAGGGAUAACGGCGGGGUCUCUGGUAAGUGGCCUGAAGGGGUUUUCACUUACCUACUAUCCAGCUUUCACUCACCCACUUUGUUGUGGUUUGUGUGACUUUGUUUUUGUUUCUCUGUUGUAGAAACAAAAACAAAAAUGUCCUGCUUGUACCCCCCUGAUGGCGGCCCUGUUUGCAGUAAUGGUGCUUUCGAUAUCCAUAUUUUAUUUUAAAAAAAAGUUAAUAUCCUGCAAAAAAAAAUAAUGUAUACCAGAUACAUUUUUAUGCAGUCCCUUUUUUUUUUUUUUCCAUUUGCUGAUUCCUGUUUAUUGAGGGGAAUGUUCAGAACAUUUAUUGAUAUUUAUUCAUUAAAAUGUGGAGAACUGCUAAAGAAAUUGCACAUUUUACGCCAAAAUAGCUGAGCUUAUGAAGUAGCAGAAAUUGUCAGUUUGUCUAAUUUUUAGCUGUUUUGGCUUAAAAUAUUCAAAUCUCUUGACAAUUCUUCACAAUUCUGUGUUUAGUGACUAAUUCUAAAUCGUUCAAAGGAUCGCUCUUUCAUGCAAUUGCAUGUUUCCUGACUAUUCGUGGAAUUACUGCACAAUCUGCGAUGCCAUCUUUUAGGGUUAGUCACUUAAGUAAGAAAUCAAGGUGAAUUUAAAACGACUUUUCAAUUUAAGGUGAAUAUAGCCGAACUGGGAAAAUUCUCUACGUCAGCUCUGCUUUCAGUUUGGCUACUCUGGUAUUAAAUUAGAAAUUAACUUUAAAUUCUCAAUUUAGUGACCAACCUAUGUUCUCAACUGCUUCAGUACUUUGCAUAACUGACAACUGGAGAUGCAUUAGAAUUCUUGUAUAGUUUUUUUAGCAGAUUUUGUAUUUUUUUUUUUUUUUAUAUAUUAUUACCCAACAGGGAAGAGAGAUGUGUUGUUUUCUCUGUUAAUUUUUAAUUUUCUAUUUUUACAUGCAGUUAAGAAAAGAGAGAUCCCUGGCUCAGUUGAUGGACGUGGAGUCCGACAUGGUACGUCAGAUCCGAGCCCUGGACAGUGACAUGCAGACCCUGGUGUAUGAGAACUAUAAUAAAUUCAUAUCUGCAACAGGUAGGAAGGUCUUCCACUAAGUGAAGUUAGAUGGUAUUUUAUUUUGCCGUCCUUACAUUCCUGUCCUCUGCCAUGUAAUUAGCAUUUCUUGUGGACACUUCCUAACGCAGAGAAAUCUUCCUCUAUGAUGCCGACGUGCUGGCUUCACAUCUAGCACAUUUGCAGCAGAAUGGGCAUCAUUUUUUACAAUUGACAUAAACAAUAAGCCUGAGAUGAUCAGUGUACCAGUUCUGACCUUUUACAGAGGGAUGUGCAAUGGACAGAUGUAUAAAAUACAGUUUGAGGCAAUAAGCAAACUUUCUCGUGAAAAUGCCUUUUUAAUAGUAUAGUUCUGUCUAAAUAAAACAUUUGGGUCAUAUGCUGAAGCUACCAUUGGCAUGGAAAAAAAUUACAGUAUUGCUUUUUUCCCCUCUCUUCAAAAUAACCGUGAAAGAAGGUGUUAUGAUAGAGUGCUUUAUGUGUCUCUUUCUAAAAAUAAAUACAAGCUAUUUUAGGUUUGUAUGUAAUAGAUUAUCCUACAGCAAAUAAGGUAAUCUGUUGAUGUUUUAGUCUGUUCAGACUAGAUGGGCCGAAUGGUUCUUAUCUGCCGUCACAUUCUAUGUUUCUAUGUAGUUGUGGUGCUACGGCCUCCAUUCACUGGAUUUAUAUCAAACUGUUUUUGAACAGUUUUGCAAACAUCCAAGAGUUGUGAUUUUUGUCUGCCCUCUUCCCUUAUAAACUGUGUGCAGUGACUUUAAGGAAAAAGUGUUCUGAUUUUCAAUUGCUUUCAUAAUUCCUUAGACACCAUCCGUAAGAUGAAGAAUGAUUUCAAGAAGAUGGAGGAUGAAAUGGAUGGACUUGCGGCAAACAUGGCAGUAAUCACUGAAUUUAGUGCUAGCAUCAGUAGCACACUGCAGGAGAGACACCAACACAUUACCAAGCUUAGCGGUAUGUAUAAUUGGGUACAAGACUUAGUUGGCCGUGGAAAGGCAAAGUAUGAACGGCGAUAGCUAAUUUCUGAUAAAUGAUUAACUUUUUAUGCAGGAGAUGCAUCAUAAAUAAAAUAAAAAAAUAGCACAUUUCUAUAUAGAAAAUUAACAUGGUUGUCCUUUGCCAGGUGUCCACACCCUUCUGCGUAAGCUGCAGUUCCUGUUUGAACUCCCUGCCCGCCUAAAUAAGUGUAUCGAGCUCAAAGCUUAUGCACAGGCUGUGUCCUAUCACUCCAAGGCCCGCAGUGUGCUCCACCAGUACCAGCACAUGCCCUCCUUUCACGGCAUUCAGACUGACUGCCAGGCUAUCAUGGCAGGACUGGCAGAUACUCUUCGGCAGAGGUUCAGGUACGGUUAUUCAUCUAAUUUUGUUUGGUGUGUGCACAUAAAGAGUUGAAAACUGUAAGAAGCACCUAACAAUACUCAAAGCAUGAUUAUUCAAUAAUAAUGGUUUCUUUAUCUUCCUAAAGGUUCAUGUUAUACAUAAAUACAUAGAAAAAGAAAAACAGGUUGUGGUAUUGUUGUUAUAGUUCUCUUUAGUGUUGCACACAUACAUUGAGCAGAUAGAGCCUAAACAGUACAGAAUGUGAGUAGACGACCUAAAAGCUCAUCAAAUUCAAAUUAGUAUUCGUUAGAUUCCACAGUAAGAGCAGAUUAAUUUGUGCCUCUAAUGCUACUUCAUAAACAAUUCAAACAACUAUGUUCAUUCUUUGUGACUCAUUAAAAAAUGAGUAAGAAACCGAAGUAGAGUGAUAAUUUGAUUUUAAGAACGAUUUCAGUUAUAUUUUGAUCCCAUUCUCAAAUUUCCACUUGCCGCUAUUAAUUGGCAAGCUGAUAUAAAGCCCUGGUGAGUGUGCCAUGGACCCUCCUGACGUGCAGUGGAUAGUGACAUUUAAGACCUGGCUACCAGAUUAGGACUUUUUUUUUUUAUUAUUCUCUAUUUUUGGUGCAUAGAAUAAACUUUACAUACGUGCUGGCAAUGCCCCAACAGCUGUUGCCGGCGAUUCAAUCAACAUAUAACAGCAAUUUUUAGGCAUGUAUAACAGUGCACAUUUUUUAUUUUAAGGUGAUGUAGAUAAUAGUGAAAUGCUAGCAAUAAAGGUUAACUGUUCGUGCGGACUGACCAGUAGUGUGUAUAUAUAGAGGGGUCAACUGUUGGUCUAAGCUCAUAGGUAGGAGAGUUUCCCCCCAUAGCCGUGUGUAGCAAGGGUCCGUGGGCCCCCUCUCUACUCAUGAGGGUACUACGGUUGCCUGCCCCUGAGUAUCGUUCCGGUUCAUUGUGGAGUGCUCUGUCCGUGCUAGGGUAUUGUGUGCCUGUAUGUGUGUGAUACCCCAGGUCGGGUAAGUCAUAGGUGGCAGUGUCUGCAGUGGGGCGUUCUUAGGUCCCUGUGUAAGCUCCUGUUGGUUGGGUAUCUGCAGUUUGGUGCUCGCGGUGAAGUUAAGUCUUCUAGGGGAUAGGGGGACAUACAGAUCUGUGUGUGUAAGUGAGGGCUAUGGUGUUAAGGCGGUUUCUUGGGAUUCGAUAUUCGGGGUGAUACCCGUUGUGCUGGCCAUAGGGAUAACUUCGUUCAGGGGGAGGGGGUGUAAAACAUUGUGAGGGUAGUUGUCGGGAGGCUGUUGGUGCACUGUGGGAAACUAGUUUAGUGGUUCGUGUGGGGAUACAUACCACGGUGUCCCAUAGAAAAUCAAAUUAAGUUAAGUUAUGGCCCUGUAGGUGUAUAGUCUCUUCAGUCUGGUCAUUGAUGGAGAUGGUGGAGUCCCUCUGUGUGACGAGCAGCGUGCGGACUUGGCUCCAUCGGUAGCCAAUAUUCUUUGCUUGCAGGAGUAGUGCGAACUUGCGAAGUAAUCGCCGCCAGGCCAGGGACCCCCGGAGAGAUCCGCAUAAAAGUCUAGGGACAUCCCUUUGAAGCUGUAUGGCGACUGCCCCCUGAUGGCGGCCAGUACUGCUGCUUUAUCCUUAUGACUUUGAAACUGGACCACCAGGUCCCCUGAGGUUGCAAGUGAUGCUUUGGUAGGUCUCGGGAGUCUGAAUACUCCCUCUAGAGACACUGCCUUUGCUUGUUUUGGGGUUAGUAGGGCUGCUAUGAGGAGUCGGGCGAGGUGCGGGAGUUCAGCUGUCGGCACAUUUUCCGGGACACCCCUGAUUUUCAGAUUUUUCUGCCUUCUCUUAUCUUCCGGGGCGUCAAGCCUGUGUUCAAAGGCUUGGCACCGUUGCUGCAUCUCUUUCAUCUCUGUUUGAGUGUGCUCUUGUGUGGUACUUUCCACUAGGCCAAGGCGGGCGGUCAGGCCCUGCAGGUCUUCCCUUAUCAGGGCCACAUCUGCUGAUAUUUUUUUUGUGGAGGUCCAACAUGAGCUCUUUGAUAGCUGUCAGUGUCGCUGGUGCGGCAUCUGUUCCCGGUGGUGGGGGUGCUGGGCGGGCCGUCGCUGGUUAACUGUGGAGUUGGUGUGAGGACUCACUCUGCUUCAUCCGACAUAUCAUCCGAAAAGUCAGAGCAGCCGCGGUGCCUGCUGCCACAGAUCACCGAUGCUCAUACCCUGCUGGCUUUGUCAGGUUUCGUUUUUUUGUUUUCCGUCCCAUGGGGCAGGUGAUGGGUUCUCCCCGUGAAUUUUUCAAGCGUUGGCUGGCUAUUUUAGUCGGUUUUUCCCCUCCGAUAUUCCGGAGCUCACAGGCCAUGCAACUCUCUGCUUCAGUAGUUAGGCCACGCCCCCAGGACUUGACAGUUUAAGCCCUGUUUUAAUUAAAGGGACACUAUAAUAACCAGAACAACCACAGCUUAUUGUAUUUAUUCUAGUCAGUAUAGUCAGUCCCUGUACGCUUUUUGCAAUAAACACUGUCUUUUCAAAGAAAAGGCCGUGUUUACAUUAUAGCUUAGGGAUAUCUCCAGUGGCCAUUCCUCAGAUGGCUACUAGAGGUGUUUACUGGGCAGUGCUGCACACUGUGCAGCACUGACAUUCAGCAUCUCCACCCUUUUACAUGGAUUGAUUCAAUGCAUCUCUAUGAGGAGAUGCUGAUUGGCCAUGGCUGUGUUUGGCUUGUGCUGGCUCUGCCUCUGAUCUGCCUUGACCAUCUCAGUCAAUCCAAUGCUCCCCUAUGGGAAAGCAUUGUGAUUGGCUCAGAACACCACUUUUGAUGAUGUUAGCCAAGCAGGCAGAUCGGGACAGAGCCAGUAUCAGAAGACUGGAAUAUAUUUAGGUGGGUAAGAGGGGCUAGAUGGCUUUUUUUAACACUAUAGGGUUAAGAAUACAUGUUUGCGUUCCUGACCCUAUAGUGCUCCUUUAAUUUAAUUUUUCUCUAUUUUUUUCUUGGCUCCUCUAUGCAAUUUACAUUACCUUUGAGUUAGCAAACAUUAUAAAUUCUGCAAAUUAGAUUAUUUCUUACACAUGGAAUGAUGGAAAAUGCAGUUUUUUGUUUUGUUUUCUGUUAAACGUUAACGUUGGUUAAGCAAAAGUCGGUGUUCUUUAAGCUGUAUUCCUAAAUUCCUACUGAAAUAACCUUAGACUUAAGCAUCCAGUAUUACUGCCUUAUAUAGUUAUGUCACAUUUUCUCAUGUAAUGUCCUAUCACUUUCUGUAAAAUCUAUUAAGAUUUCCAUUUUUCUUCAGGUGUAAAAUUUCAAGCACUUUUCCCUUUCUAGAGAUGUGCUGAUGUCAUCUAAAUUUGAUCUAUUUCUGAUUUACUGAAUUUCAGCUCCUUUAGGCACUUCAGAUUUUUCAGUAAUCACUAUAUAUGUCAACAAAUUAUUGGUAUAUUACUUUUUGCACAGUUGGAUAAUCGUUUCUUUUUUUAAAAUUUUUUUUAUUUUUUUUUACUUUACAGGGAUUCUUCAUCAUCCACGCAGGAGCUUUCAGAAUGUGUAGAGUUGCUUCUAAGUCUGGAGGAACCAGCCCACCUUCUAUGCGAUGAGUUCCUUGCCCAUGGUCGUGGACGGCUGGCUUCCCACCUUUCUGAUUUGGAGGGUUCUGGUGAUGUCUUGGAGUUUGUUGAUCGGGGCUGUGGUGGUUUCAUCAGCGAUUCCUGCCUUCUGGCAGCUUCCUACCAAGCACUCUUUUGUAAGGAACCUGGCAGUACAGCACAAAUGGCAGAGGAGAAACUGACAAAAUUUUUAGAGGAACUAAGUGAAGGAUAUUUUGAGCUGGUAGAGAUCAGACUUCGGCAGGAAAAGAGUCUAGGAGACAAUUCUCUGCUAGUGCGUGCCUUGGAUAGAUUUCACAGACGGCUACAAGCACCAUCUAAGCUAGUGCCAGGGUGUGGAUUCAAUCGACGAGGCACAGAGAUCGUUGUGAGAGUAGCACAAGAAAGAUUAGCUCAAUACCUGCAGGCACUAAAGGACUUUUUCCAGGGCUGCCUUACCGAUGUUCGACAGGCUCUGGCAGCUCCAAGAGUACCUGGGAAAGAAGCUCCAGCACUGGGCGAACUCCUGGCAGGGCUGUCUGCUUCUGUUCUCAACCAGAUAAAGACUGUACUGGCUGCUGUGCAUCUUUUCACUGCUAAGGAUGUGGCGUUUUCUGAUAAACCAUACUUCAAGGUAAGUAGGUGUCAUAAUGAUAAAUGUAGGCAAGUACAAUGGGGCGUCGUGUUUUUCUUAGUUUUGUCCUGCUACAUCAAUGCACAUUUUCACCUGGAUAUUGUUACCUGUUCUGUAUUUACCCACCUUUCCCCUGUUUUCCUCUUAUUCUUUCUUCAGGGAGAAUUCUGCAGCCAAGGUGUCCGCGAGGGACUGAUAGUAGCUUUUAUCAAAUCCAUCUGCCAGACAGCACGGCAAUUCUGUGAGUCACCUGGAGAAAAAGGUGCAAAUACUCCACCAGUCCUCUUAUUACUUCUCUCUCGCCUCUGUCUGGAUUAUGAGACAUCAACCAUCAGCUACAUUCUAACUUUGACAGACGAGCAGUUCCUUGGACAGGUAAUACUUGAGUACCUUCCAGCACCAGAAGUCUUUUUGUUGAUACUUCAAGACAUGUGGUGUGUCAUUUUUGUCUAUCUUUUAUCCCUUUUGUCUAUCUUUUUUCAAAAUGUUCUAUCAGUCACUGUUUUGUUCAAACAUCUGUCAUCGUGCUGUUAUUUUUGUCUCUUUGAUAAACCAGUACCACCAUGGGUUGUUUCAUCUCUCUGUAUAACUUAAUAUAAUUUUAGUUGUUUUCCUUGCUAAUCUUUUCAGGAUCAUUCUCCAGUUACUCCUGUGAGUUCUCUCUGCUCCCUGGCUCGCUCCACAGCACAGACACUUCUCAAUCAGUAUGUCAAGUCUCAAGGUUUAGUUGUGUCCCAGAUGCUUCGCAAGAGUGUGGAGACCCGGGAUUGGGUGGCAACCAUUGAGCCAAGAAAUGUUCGAGCUGUGAUGAAGAGGGUAGUAGAAGAUGUCACUGGUGUUGAUGUACAGGUAGUAGAAACUGUUUUUGUUUUUAUAAAACAAAAUCUUUAUUUUUAAAAUACUCAGAGAUGUUACCAUACUGUUCAAUUCUUUCCUCAACCUUUGAACACUAAAGCUAUUUCUUGCUCACACAGGUGGGUCUCCUGUAUGAGGAAGGAGUACGGAAAGCACACAGCAGUGAUUCUAGUAAGCGUACCUUUUCUGUAUAUAGUAGUUCUCGUCUGCAAGGAAGAUAUGCACAGAGUUACACCCCAAGGUUAGUUUUUUUUUGUUUUUGUUUUUGUUUUUUUUAAAUAUUUUCUUUAUCGAGUGUUUUCAUUAUCAAUUAUAAAAGACAAAGAUGAGGACUUGCAGGUCCCAUGUAACUGAAGAGAAGAAAGUAACGGGAAAUCAACUUAUGAACGUGCAUCAGUAAUGAGCAUUGAUGGGGACUCACAGGUCCCCGUCAACUUGGAAGAAGAGAAAAAGGGAGAGACAACCAACUUAUGCAUAUGCAUCAGUGACACGCAGGUCACACUUUGAAAUUUAUAAGAAUUUAGUGUCGGACUCGCAGGUCCAAUACUCUACAUUCAGUAGGAUGUCUUCAAAUAGUAUCCGGUGUCUACCUGAACGAUUUAUACCUGCUUUGGUCUACGUGGCUACCCAAAGUGAGAAGGUCGUACUACCCGGAUAUCAGGGACCCUCCCUCCCAGAGUGUAUGCCCAUAAUUCCCUUAUCGUGGGUACCCCCUUGGUAGUCUGUGUGCGAGCCCGUGGGCCUGUUCCUCUCGGUCUGGCUGGUGGUUCUCGGUGGGUCUGUAUGGGCACGUGGCAAAAAAAAAACAAAAAAAAAAAACACCCCUCCGUGUCUGCGAGUGUCAGUUCCUUUAUUUUGAAUAGAACCUUGUUCUCCCCCUCAGGUGUUCCCGCUUCCUCGGGUAGCUUAGUUUGUUUGUUUUUAUCAUGUUAUCUGUCUCUGUAUUAGUCCUUAACUGAACAUUUGACAUGGAUGAUAAACUUUGUAAGAUGUUAAUAUUGGUCUCCGUUUCUCUGUUAUAGUGCUCCCUUGGAUACCAACCUUCUGAGUAACAUUCAAAAGUUGUUCUCCGAGAGAAUUGACAUUUUCAGUACUGUCCAGUUCAACAAGGUACUUUGCUUCAUUCCAUGUGCCUCCAUCAAACACUGUCUCUUUACUCAUUCAAUGUAAACUGUAGUAACAAUAAUUGUAUGUUGAACUCACAGUCUUUUUAAAUAGUUGGCUAUGAUCGCAGCUGUUACUAUGAAAAUGUGCCUGAGGAACGCUUGUUAUCUCUCAUUAAAAAACUUCCUUUACUGAUUUACUCAGUGGCCAGUAACACUGCGAUUAAAUUCUCUCAUCAGGUCUCUAUCCUGACUGGUAUCAUUAAGAUCAGCCUGAAGACAUUCCUGGAAUGUGUUCGUCUGCGCACAUUUGGUCGCUAUGGAUUGCAGCAGAUUCAGGUGGACUGUCACUACCUGCAGCUAUACCUGUGGCGUUUUGUAAGUGAUGAAAACCUUGUUCACUGCCUGCUGGAUGAAGUGGUAGGCAGUGCGGCACACCGCUGUUUGGAUCCUUUACCCAUGGAGCAAAGUGUUAUUGAAGUCAUCUGUGAACGGGGCUGAACCAUGAUUUAAUAUUUCUAUGCUGUAUAUAUUUCCUUAACACUAAGCCGUAUCAUGUAUAUAUGGAAUAAAGAACUGUAAUGCAAUCAGUGGCCACUAGGUGUCUGUGUAAAUUGUGCAGACUAGAUGGGCCAAAUGGUACUUAUAUGCCGUCACAUUCUAUGUUUCUAUAUGUUUCACAAAGGAUUCUUGACUUUGAAAUAGUGAUAAAUAAUGCAAAAACAUUUAACUUAAACUUCAUAUUGUGUGUGUGUGUGUGUGUGUGUGUGUGUGUGUGUGUGUGUGUAUAUAUAUAUAUUUAUUUAUUUUUUUAUUUAUUUAUUUUUUUGUCAAUCUGUCUUUUAUUGAGACUGCAAGAUAGAACAAAAAAAAA